CAAAUAUCCUGUUGUAUGUGUGUGUGUGUGUGUGUGCGUUUGCCUGUCUAGGAGUCUGUGAGAAUGCGUGCAGUGACACACAUCAUCAUAACCAAGUUGAAGACUCAACGUGAAGGAGACAUAACAGUACUGUGUGUACUGGAUGGAUGUUUUUGAUUUGGAUUUCUGUGACAAGAAUUUAAUUCAACCUUUCAAUGGAUCAUGUAUAUAAAUAAGAACAGGAAAGGAUAAUCACCUGACAUUACGAGGAAAGGUUUCAUGCACCGGUAGCAUCAUGCCAGUCACGUUCGGAGAGCUUAGCACCCUCACCACUCCACUUUCAGUGGCUCGUCUCUGCGCAUUGUUCUUCAGCUGCCUCACUUUCAGCCUGGCAUCCUCCAUGGACUAUGAUUUCAAAUCGCCUGAGCAUACCUACCAUAGCACCUUCUACAGCUUCUGCAUGGUUAUAUGGUGCCUCUUCUUUGUCCUCACCUUCCUCAUUGUCGUCAUCCACUUCAUCCAGUUCCACAACUUGUUACCCCUUUCCUGGAAGAACCUCACGGCCACUGUGGCGGCUCUUGGUGCACUCAUGGCGUUUACUGCCUCCUUCGCCUUCACAUGGACCCUAGUGGGUAAUUCUGAAAACUCUGAUCCCAGGACAAUAGCGGCUGCCGUGGGCUCAUGUCUCACCUCUCUGGCUUACUUCAUAGAGCUCCAGUUGAUUCGAUCACAGAGCGAUGGCCACCAGCGAGGCUACAUGGCCACCGUACCUGGACUUCUCAAAUUGCUGCAGGUCUUUGGAGGAUGCAUAGCGCUGGUGCUGCUCAGCAUCCAAUCCGAACCCAAAUGGAGGACCUGCGUGUCGGCUGUAACUUACAGCAUGUGCCUGCUUCCAUCUGUAGUCACAGUCCUGGUGAUGCUAAUGGACUGUGCGGCUCGCAGCCCUGUACCAUUUGACCGGCUCCUCGCCAGCUUCAGUCUGCUGGGAUUGAUCAUGUAUACCGUAGGCACAGUAGUUUGCUUCACACGAGCACUGGAGCAGCAAGGUGGAGCUCAGAAACAAGGAGCUGUUGUUAUUAUUAUAAGUGAGACAGUGAUGGCAUGCAUCACUUUGUUGGCAUACACGGUGGACCUGGCUUUCUCGGUUAAACUGCUGUGUGACCGAAAUUAAGGAGUGACACCAAAAAGUGGAGGACAUGGCUUGUUAGUUAAAGCGUGGGUGAUGUUAUUCAUAAUUCAGUAUUAUUUAAACCACACAAGGUUGUGUGUUUUUGUUAUUAUGAUAAAUUAUCAUAAAAGGCGAAUAUUUCCGUGCUGUUUUCUGAGAAAUACUAUUUACACUUUAGAGUAAAUAUACAUACAUUGUACGCUGUCUGUCGAACGUUUUUAAUCACUUGGACGUCCUUACCUUGAAUUACAGUUCGAGUUUUAGCUCUAGUGCUGUAGAUUAAAAAAGAGAAAGACUGGCAAUUCAUUAUGAAACAAUCCCAAGGACGUCAUCGGAAACUUGUUUUUUUUGUUGUUGUUGUUGUUGUUUUUUCGGAUUUAAAAGCACUCUAAAUUACAGCUUUAGUAAAUUUAUUAAGUGUAAACCAGUGAAAACUGACUGUUUUAAAAUGGUUUGUAAGACAAAAAUACUGUAUAUGUGUGCUACAAGUAGCUAAUUACAGUCAUUCAUGUCUAGGCCUGUUCCAAUUAGAUCUAGAUUGUUUCCAAUUAAAAUAAAAAGUCACACGUUUUUCUCAGUGCUUGCUCAUUUGAAAGUAUUGUACAUGAGACCGCUGCUUAAUAGCACAACAUGUUAAUGUAUAGAGAAUAUAAGAUUGUUUAAUCCCUAAUUAAUGUGUUGAUUAGGGACGCACUGAUCUGUGUAUCUGAUGGAGCGAUUUUGCCCUGAAACAAUGGAUUGUUAUCAGAUUAGAUGUGAUUUGGCAUAUUUUUUUAACCCGAUUCAAUGUGCAGUGUUGUUCAUUGGGGAUCUUUAUUUCUGAAUCUCUUUACUAGCUGAAAGACAAUAAUGGCCAUGACAGAAUUGGAUCAUUAACUCAUAUACUCAGUACUGUAUUGAAAUGAACAAUGUGGGAAUGGUGCAUCCAACUGACAGUUGAAUGUCUAGAAAGAAAAAGAAAAACAUUUAUGUGUUGUUUGUUAAUCUGUUUUGUACUGUGAAAACACAGAAGAAGAAAACGAUAGAGAAAAAAAAUAUAAAAUAAAGAAAUGUUACCUUAAAUGUUCAGCCAAAUGAUCUGAAGUCUAGUAAACCACUUAACUGUAGCAAAGGCCUUACUGAUGCUAAUCUUACACUGCUGGGGAGCUGUUAUUUUAUCUGGUGGGUUUUAAUGAUCUUCACACUUUUGCAGUGUGUGCACAGCAGAUUUUAGUCCUACGUCACUGAGGAGAACGCACCAUCACUGUCGCAGCUCUGUCUUUCGCUUUCUCUCUAAAUCUCCAACACAAACCUCACACUGAUGUUUCGAUUCUUCGCACUACUUGUAACAGAGCGUUUAGCUCACACGUGUUCACUAGAUGGCAUGCUUUCGUUUGUGUGCUCAGUUCAGUGAGUGUGUUUCAUGUUAUCUCGAGGGCCAGAUGUCUUUCCUUCUUUUUCUUUCUUUUUCAUGAAAAAAAAAAAACCUCACUAGAAAACUGUAAAGUAAGAUCAGUUAUAGUAAAGAGACUAUUUCUGACCAUUUCUUUAGGUUCUGUCAUCUUGCAGAGUUAGAAUAAAUAACAGAUCAGUUUGUUUCAAAUUCCAGCUAGUCCCAGCCAACAAAC